AUGGCGUGGGAAAACAAGACUACAGUGACCGAGUUCAUUCUGCUGGGCUUCUCCCAAUCCUGGCAUGUUCAGCUCUUCUUUUUCAUCUUCCUCCUCCUCCUCUACAUGGCUACCCUCUUCAGCAACAUUCUCAUCCUCUUGGCAAUUUCCCAGGACCAACGCCUUUUAGAUUCACCCAUGUUCUUUCUGCUGGGUCACCUGGCUUUCCUGGAUCUCUGCUUGUCUUCUAUCGCCACUCCCAGGGCUCUCUUUGAUUUCAUUGCCCAACGUCAGGCCAUCUCCUUCCAUGGCUGCAUGGCACAAAUUUUCUUGCUACAUCUCUUUGGAGGUAGUGAGAUGCUCCUACUGAUGGUUAUGGCUUACGACCGAUAUGUAGCCAUCUGCUAUCCUCUCCGCUAUACCUCUCUCAUGAGCAGAUAUCACUGCAUAGGGCUUGUGCUAGCCUCCUGGGCUGGUGGGCUCCUCCACACCAGUGUGCAAUUGGGUUUCACCAUUAGCGUGCCAUUCUGUGGGCCCAAUCGUGUGGACAACUUCUUCUGUGACAUCCCCUUGGUCAUCCAGUUGGCCUGUGUGGACACUUAUCCUUUAGAAGUCAUGAUGCUGACCAAUAGUGGUAUCAUGUCACUGGUUUGUUUCAUUGUCGUGCUUUUCUCCUACGGACUCAUUCUGUCUACAGUCUGCUCCCAGGGACCCACGGAGGGGACCUCCAAGGCUGUCUCCACAUGUACCUCUCACCUCAUUGUGAUCACCACAUACUUUGGACCUUGCAUAAUUAUUUAUCUGCGCCUAUACACUCAUUUCUGGAUGGAUAAAAUGUUUUCUGUCUUCUAUGUAACUAUCACCCCCUUUCUGAAUCCAACUAUCUAUGCUUUGAAAAACAAGGAGAUGAAGGCUGCCAUAGGGAGAUCAUUGGCAAGGCAUUCUGGACAAGUUUCUGCUCAGAUUCCUGCUCUUGCAGCAGGAAGACAAAAGAGGAACAUCCUUCCAUGCAGGUGCAAACUCAAUUCAGUGUCACAGUUACAAGUUGUAUAA